AUGUCUCGCCAGAUCAACCAGCCCUCGAACCAGAUCAAGCUCACCAACGUCUCGCUCGUGCGCCUCAAGAAGGGCAAGAAGCGCUUUGAGCUCGCCUGCUACAAGAACAAGGUCCUCGAGUGGCGCUCCGGCAUCGAGACGGACCUCGACAAUGUCCUGCAGAUCCCAAACGUCUUCCUCAACGUGUCCAAGGGCCAGACGGCGCCCCGCGAGGACCUCGACAAGGCCUUUGGCAAGGGCAAGGCCACCGACGACAUCAUCCUCGAGAUUCUGAAAAAGGGAGAGAUGCAGGUUGGCGAGAAGGAGAGAGCCGCCCAGCUGGAGCGUGUCCACAAUGAGGUCAUCAGCAUCGUCGCCAGCAAGCUGGUCGACCCUCGGACGAAGCGAGUCUACACAUCGGGCAUGAUUGAGAAAGCCCUCGACAUGCUGAGCUCCCAGGCGCAUACCUCGACCCCCGACAAGAGCGCCACCGGCACGCCUGCGACGGGUGACGACGGCGAGGCCAAGCCCCGGCCAAAGGAGCACCACUGGACUGGCGUCAGUACAACAAAGAGCGCAAAGAGUCAGGCUCUGGAUGCCAUGAAAGCCCUCAUCUCUCAUCAGCCCAUUCCCGUGGCCAGAGCACGCAUGAGACUACGAAUUGCAUGCGCCACCAACGUCCUCAAGCAAGCCGUCAAGGGGCCCAAGGGAGGCAACAAGGACGAGGACGGCGAGCAAAAGGCCAUCGGUACAGUCAAGGACAAGAUCCUAAGCUACGUCGAGCAAGUAGAGAGCCAGGAUGUCAUGGGCUCCGAAUGGGAAGUAGUAGGCUUCGUCGAGCCAGGAGCCUUCAAAGCCCUGUCCGACUUUAUCGGAAACGAGACAAAGGGGCAAGGACGGGUAGAGGUUUUGGAUAUGGCCGUCACACACGAGGAUUAA